UUAAAGUCACUUCAUAAUAUGCUUCGACAAAAAUGAAGUUUAUCUCCAAAGUUAUCUUGUUUGGGAUAAUUGUGCGUACACAAUCAGGCUUAUCCAUCCAAGGAAAAUGCCUCAUAAAGGGCUAUCAGUGCUGCUACAACCAGUAUCUAAACGAUACGACUAAAGAAUGCUCUGAUUGUCCAGCUGGAUCUAUUGGAUGGAACUGUAAGCAGAAAUGUCCAUUAGGAUAUUACGGACGGUUGUGUCAAUCUCCAUGCGAGUGUCAAGCUUCUAACUGUCAUCAUGUUAUAGGAUGCACUACAGGUAACACUGUUAUUUAG